AUGGCACGUGGCCUGGUGGUGCUGGCGGCUCUCGCCUGCGCUUUGGUUGGGAGAUUGGCUUUCACACCAUCUUUGAGCGCCAGCUUCGGCCGUGCUGCUGACCGAGGAGUUGCUGCAAGGCAGCGAACGCUCACGCAGCGGCAGGCGGAUCAGUCGAUGCUGCGGCCGUACGGGCCAGUUGUCACCUAUGCAAAGGCACUCAUGGAUGCAGCAAAGGAGAAGGGCGAGGAUGUGAAGGUCACGCAGGAUGUGCUCAAGGUGAAGGACCUGUUCAAAGUUGAGGACUGGCUGAUGAAGUUGCUCAACAUUCAGAACGAUCCAUCGCUCACGGAGGUGGCAAAGGGCGAGGAGAUCAUCAAGACGCUGAGCCCGUUGAAGUCCACUGUGAUGCCCAAGUUCAUCGUCUUCCUGGCGAAGAAGCGUCGUCUUAAGGGUCUGAAAAUUAUCAUGCUGGAGUAUGUUCAGAGCAUGUACUUCAAGGAAUCCAUCACGCCUGUGAAGGUGACCUCUGCUCAGCGUCUGAGCUCGGAGCAGCUUGACAAGAUCAAGGAGAAGAUGCUUGCAAAGGUGGGCACCACCGAUGUGAAGCUUGUCCCUGAGGUUGACCCAACUCUCCUUGGCGGCAUUGUGCUUGAGUGGGGCUACACUGACCCUGAGAACCUCUACGCUCCCACGCACGGCCUCGACCUGUCCCUUAAGAACAUCCUGAACAAGAAGGCGUUGCAGAAGGGCGUGGUGGAUGCUCUUUGA